ACGAUUCUCAGUUUUUUAUCAUCCGUCAAAAUGUUUGGAGCGUCAGUAAAAAUUUCCAGUGGAUUAUACAAAAAAAUGGUUAAUUUCAAGCCUCUGAGCAAGAAUUUUUGGACGAGAAAACAGAGGCCAAAAAAAUUAUCACCACCGGAAAAUCCUCCAGUGGCCGGAUGCGGAGAAUCACCCUCAAAAUGUCGUGACCCACAUUUUGGAAAGCCUCUCCCACGACCAAAAAAAUCUCUCCUGAAUUUUUGCCGAGGAAAAUCCGUGAUAAAACAAAAGCCAUCGAACUGCGACGAAAAAGAAUGCGAAAAACGUGAGACAUUUCUGGAGUAUCUCUUCGGAAAAAAAUGGAAAACCCCCGAAAAAUCAUUGCCUCGAGUAAAAUACACCCUGUGCUGUGAGCUAUCAUCCCCAAAAUUCCAGGAACUCCUGGAGCCCCAGCCAAGACCUCCACCGGAAUUCCCACCCCCGAAGGCAGUAAACACCCGAAAAUUCGUUGAAAAAUCCCAGAAAAUUCCAUUCGACUGCUCAGCAGCUGAACUUUUUGCCCAUCAAUUCUCCCACGAUUCAACUCAAGGUCACAAAAUUCAAGCAUUCAGAAUUCCCUUUGAAGAAAUGAGACCCCCACCGAAUAUCAAAGAAAAAUUUACCUGCCAAUCUGGAAUUGAUUACGAGAAUGUUUUAACGCCGAUGAAGAGAAAUAAUAGCGUGGAGUCAAGAAAAGUGGAAAGAAUUUCAAAAUUUGCCGGUGAAAUUCCAAAACCACCCUCUACGAAAUUCAAUGCCGAGGGCUCGUGCGAUUUUCACCCAAAAAAUGUCACGAGAACUUCAAGAGUCGAAAAAUUGAAGGCCCUGGUCACCAGUGCCAAAUACUGUCCCCUACCCAAUUUCAAGACCUCUAAAUAAUCCGCGAAUAAUUCAAUUAAACAAUAAAAAAAUUAAAUAAAUUUUAUCUCAUUAAAAUAAUAUAAUAUCUAAAUAAA